AUGUCGGGGAAGCGUCUAGCCGAGUCUUCCGCUGGACCUUCUCAGCCGUCAAAACGAGUAAGGAGAGACCGUGACGAGGAGGAUUAUCUUGAUGUCACCAAUGAGGACGAUGUCAUUCCUCCUUCUCCUCCGGAUACGACCCUCGUACCUCGCAGCGCCACCAUCAACUUCAGCGCCUUAACACGAAAGCUUGCCCAGACAAGAAAUCCAGCCGAUUCUACUGCUAACUUAUCUUCCCUGGAUGCUCAUCGGAGGCAGCAAAAUAUCCUCGUCUCUCACAUCUUUAUGGAACAAGACUUCUCAUGGCUUCACCUGAAACACGACCAUGCUUCCCGACCACUCUGGAUCAGUCCCGACGAUGGCCACAUCAUCUUAGAAGCCUUCUCACCUAUUGCCGAGCAAGCUCAGGACUUUCUCACCGCUAUCAGCGAGCCUGUUAGCAGACCGGCCUUCAUCCACGAAUACACUCUAACUCCGUACUCUCUAUAUGCGGCUGUAUCUGUCGGCCUUCAAACUGAAGAUAUCAUUGAAGUUCUCAAUCGCCUUUCCAAGGUUCCUGUCCCUGACAGCAUCAUUUCUUACAUUCGUGAUCGAACUCUGAGUUACGGCAAGGUCAAGCUCGUUCUCAAGCACAACAAGUACUUUGUCGAAUCAAGUCAUCCCGAGACCCUUCAAUUAUUGCUCAAGGACAGAGUAAUUCGAGAGGCGCGCAUAGUGUCUACCCAGACUGAUACUAGUAUCAAAGCGGCUACUUUCACUACUUCUAAAGCUCCCACGAAGGUUCCAAAGUCGGACCGUCUAACGCCGUUACCGCCGCCAAUCAGUCUGAUGCUGAUCUAUUUACGUCUGUCGUUGGAGUUGAUGGAGGCAAACGAGAUUGACGAGGACGACGACAAUGUCCAUGCUUUCGAAAUCCAUGACGCAAAGAUCGACGAUGUCAAGAAACAAUGUACAGUGCUAGACUAUCCUAUGCUCGAAGAAUACGAUUUUCGAAAUGACACUGUGAAUGCGAACCUUGAUAUUGAUUUAAAGCCCGCCACCGUGAUUCGCCCAUAUCAAGAAACUAGCCUGAGCAAGAUGUUCGGAAAUGGUCGCGCUCGUUCAGGCAUCAUUGUGCUUCCUUGCGGAGCAGGGAAGACCCUUGUUGGAAUCACUGCCGCAUGUACGAUCAAGAAGUCUUGCCUCGUACUGUGCACAUCCUCUGUGUCCGUCAUGCAGUGGAAAUCACAAUUUAUGCAGUGGUCGAAUGUGACUGACCGCCAGAUCGCGGUAUUCACCGCGGACCAGAAGGAGAAGUUUGCUGGCGAAAGUGGGAUUGUUGUAUCGACCUACUCUAUGGUUGCAAAUACCCACAACCGGUCCCAUGAGUCUAAGAAGAUGAUGGAAUUUUUGACCUCUCGGGAAUGGGGAUUCAUGCUACUGGAUGAAGUACAUGUUGUACCCGCUGCAAUGUUCCGUCGGGUCGUCGGAACGAUCAAGGCGCAUUCCAAACUUGGUCUGACUGCUACCCUUGUCCGUGAAGAUGACAAGAUAGCGGACCUGAACUAUAUGAUCGGGCCCAAGCUAUACGAAGCGAAUUGGAUGGAUCUUGCUGCCAAGGGACAUAUUGCGAAUGUGCAGUGUGCGGAGGUAUGGUGUCCAAUGACACCCGAAUUCUAUCGUGAAUACCUUCGGGAGCAAUCUAGAAAACGCAUGCUUCUAUACUGCAUGAACCCCAACAAAUUCCAGGCAUGCCAAUUCCUGAUUAAGUAUCACGAGGAUCGAGGAGACAAGAUAAUCGUAUUCUCCGACAAUGUUUUCGCUCUGGAGGCAUACGCGAAACGUCUGGGUAAACUCUAUAUCCAUGGUGGUACUGGACAGGUCGAACGGAUGAGGAUACUUUCUUGGUUCCAACACAGUCCCCAAGUCAACACCAUCUUUCUCUCUAAGGUCGGAGAUACAUCUAUCGAUUUACCCGAAGCGACAUGUCUGAUUCAGAUAUCAUCCCAUUUCGGAUCGCGCCGGCAAGAAGCACAGCGUCUAGGGCGCAUUUUGAGAGCGAAGCGGCGGAAUGAUGAAGGUUUUAAUGCCUUUUUCUACUCCCUCGUAUCCAAGGACACGCAGGAGAUGUUUUACAGCACGAAACGACAGCAAUUUUUAAUUGACCAGGGCUACGCCUUCAAGGUUAUCACACAUCUGGAUGGGCUCGAGAACCUACCGGAUCUGGUGUACCGAACCAAAGAUGAGCAGAUCGAGCUUAUCCAAUCAGUGCUCAUUGCGAAUGAGACUGACGCGGAUCUGGGUACCGAUAUUCGUGCUGGAGAAGGUGAUCUUGCAGGUACGAUUACCUCAAAGGAUUUCGGUCCGACAAAAUUCCCCGGCGCCCAGCGCACGACUGGAUCACUGGUGGCUUUGAGUGGAGCGCAGCACAUGUCGUAUGUCGAGCAAAACAAGUCCGCGAACAAAACGCUUGCACGUGCAGCGGCCCCUGUUCCGCAGCGACAUAAGGUGUUCGCCAAACGCGACAAGGAAGUGGCGGCCGCGAGAAAGGCAGCGCGAGCAUCAGGGGCGGCGGGUCGGACAGGAUGAUGUGUCGGGGCCUGGAGUUGCCUGGUCGGGGUUUCGAAUAUGUUCAGGGUUGUGGUUCUGGGGAGUUGCUUUAUCUGGGAGUACAAGCAGUCUCUCACGUGUAGAUUCGGAAAGUGGGAACAGUUCCGAAGCGUCUUUGUCAUGCCUGCCCUGGCGAGGCUAAUGUUGCUUAUCACGGCCUGAGAAUGGGGGAGCAAUGCAAUGCAUGCGGUGACCAAAGUGUUUGAAGGCAACCGCAACAAGAGGAAGCUGUCAGCAAUGCAAGCUGUAACAGGCAAAGUUGCUAAGAGAGCGGGUAUGCAGACAGGGGGCGGGGGGAAUUUUCAUUUAUUGAUAGGUCGGUUCAGAGGCCCAGGCCGUUGCGA